CAUCGCUCUCGCGCGCUCUGACUCCUCCCUCCCGCCAUGGUGAUGGAACCCUAGAAAAAUUUGGCGCGAACAGGUGGAGAUGGCAAACCACCAUCAGCGAAUCAGCCCAUCCCCACGAAAUCCCCCUCUCUCCGCUUCGUCUCUCCCUGCAACUCCAUCGGUGCAGGGGCUUGAUGUCCACCAAUCUAGGGGAAGUCAAGAAAUCCACGAAGAACCAGGCACCUCAAAGAAUAGAGCUAAGUGGAAUCACCAGAGGAGGCUAUAUCUUAUUGAACUCUUAAAAAUCCAUGAUGUGCCUAGAUUCCGGACACACAAUGCAUGGAGUAAGGAUGCUUGGACUAGUAUUGUGGCUCAGUUCAAUCAGAAAUUUUCUUUGUUGUUCUCUAUUGCACAAGUGAAACAAAAGGAGCAGGAUAUGAAAAAAGAAUUUCGUACUAUAAAAGAUUUGGUGGCAGAAAGUGGUUUUGGCUGGGAUUCUGAUAGAAUGAUGGUGACAGCACCACCAGAUGUUUGGGCAGCAAUGGAGACACGCAAGAAUAAGGAUGCUCUGUUUUGGCGAGACAAGUCAUUUCCAUACUAUGAUGAUCUGUUUGCUUUAUAUGAUGGGCGUUAUGCUGAGGGAAGAAGCUGUCGCGGUAUGGAUCAUUAUACCAAUAAGGCAAUAUCGCCUUCACAAGUCUCUCCUGAUGUGCAACCGCAGUCACCUAGUAUACCUGCUCCUGGUUCUUUCAGUUUUGAUAUUGAAGAGGAGAGGAAUGAUACUAAUUGGUUUGGUAAUGAUGCAUUUACUCCAUUGGGAACUUUCAUGCCUCAAGACAGACCAGAUGGACCAUCUUCCAUAAAUCUAGCACCACAUGUUCCUGAACAAUUUGAAGAAACUCUUCGUCACAGUACCCGACCAUCUAAUUCAACUCCAGAGGCAGUUGAUGGUAAGCGUAACAAAAGGCAAAAGACCAAGCACACUAUUGCAACUGAAGAUUUUCAUGAGAAGUACUUGAGGCUGAAAAAAGAAGAGAUUGAACGAUUCGUUGCCAUAGAAGAGAAGAAGCUAGAUGAUCCUUUCAGUAUCAAGAAAUGCAUCACUGUACUUGAGGGGCUUAGUGAGCUACAAACUGGAGAUAUGCUAAAAGCAGCAGACAUCUUCAAAGACAAUCCGUCAAACAGGGAAGUUUUUCUCUCAUUUGGUUGUGAUGCAUUUCGAGUAGGAUGGUUGCUUAGACAAAUUUAGAUUACCUAACUGAUAUUGGUACACUUUUGGUUCAUGUGCAUAUAUGCUCACAUGAUUAGGAUUAGCAUCCUGUAGUGACUGGUUUACAUUACCUGUCACUGUCUUUUGUAAAGUAGAAGCUAACUAGGUAUUCUAAUGCCUAGGAAUGUUAAGUUACAUUGUAGUACAUCAUUAUCGCUGAAUUGUACGUCUGGCAAUGUAA